AUGGAUCACAGCAGAUCGAGAUUCCAAGCCGCCAACAACAACCACGAUGCCAUAACUUUGACUCACCGCCUUCGACGCUACCUAGGAGUUCAUUUACAUAUUGGGGAAGAGGUUGACGUGAAGCCGAUAUGUACUUGGGUUGGCGGAGAAAAAGAUGGAGCAUUGGGUAGAUUUGUUUACAAGCUAUGUGGUUUGAAGAAAUUCAACUGCUUGAUAUUCUUAUAG